AUGAAAACACCCCCUGCAGGUAUGAUUGCUAAAAUGCAACUAAUGAGCCCUACACCCGCACUCCACCACCGCCAAUCCCAACCCUACACCCGCACUACACCAACGCCAAUCCCAACCCUACACCCGACUCCACCAACGCCAAUCCCAAUCCUACACCCGCACUCCACCAGCGCCAAUCCCAACCCUACACCAGCACUCCACCAACGCCAAUCCAAACCCUACACCCGCACUCCACCAACGCCAAUCCCAACCCUACAACCGGACUCCACCAGAUCCAAUCUCAACCCUACACCCGCACUCCACCAACGCCAAUCCCAACCCUACAACCGCAACCGCACUCCACCAACGCCAAUCUCAACCCUACACCCGCACUCCACCACCGCCAAUCCCAACCCUACACCCGCACUACACCAACGCCAAUCCCAACCCUACACCCGGACUCCACCAGAUCCAAUCUCAACCCUACCCCCGCACUCCACCAGCGCCAAUCCCAACCCGAAACCCGCACUCCACCAGCGCCAAUCCCAACCCUACACCAUCACUCCACCAACGCCAAUCCAAACCCUACACCCGCACUCCACAAACGCCAAUCCCAACCCUACACCCGCACUCCCCCAACGCCAAUCCCAACCCUACACCCGCACACCACCAGCGCCAAUCCCAACCCUACACCCGCCCUCCACCAGCGCCAAUCCCAACCCUACCCCCGCACUCCACCAGCGCCAAUCUCAACCCUACCCCCGCACUCCACCAACGCCAAUCCAAAACCCUACACCCGCAGUCCACCAACGCCAAUCCCAACCCUACCCCCGCACUCCACCAGCGCCAAUCUCAACCCUACACCCGCAUUCUGCCAGCGCCAAUCUCAACCCUACACCCGCACUCCACCAGCGCCAAUCCCAACCCUUCCCCCGCACUCCACCAGCGCCACUCCCAACCCGAAUUACGCACUCCCCCAGCGCCAAUCCCAACUCUUCACCCGCACUCCACCCGCGCCAAUCCCAACCCUACACCCGCACUCCACCAGCGCCAAUCCCAACCCUUCACCCGCACUCCACCAACGCCAAUCCCAACCCGAAUCCCGCACUCCACCAGCGCCACUCCCAACCCGAAUCACGCACUCCACCAGCGCCAAUCCCAACCCGAAUCCCGCACUCCACCAGCGCCAAUCUCAACCCGAAUUCCGCACUCCACCAGCGCCAAUCCCAACCCGAAUCCAUGUAG